AUGUUCAUCAAUCGUUGAUUAUUUUCUACCAACCACAAAGACAUUGGAACUCUCUACCUUUUAUUUGGAGCCUGAGCUGGAAUGGUAGGAACAGCCCUAAGUCUGUUGAUCCGAGCAGAAUUAGGCCAACCUGGGACUUUACUUGGAGACGAUCAAAUCUAUAAUGUUAUUGUUACCGCGCAUGCCUUCGUAAUAAUUUUCUUCAUAGUUAUACCUAUUAUGAUUGGAGGCUUCGGGAACUGACUAGUUCCUCUAAUGAUUGGAGCCCCUGAUAUAGCUUUCCCCCGAAUAAACAAUAUAAGCUUUUGACUUCUCCCACCAUCUUUCCUUCUCUUAUUAGCCUCAUCUAUAGUAGAAGCUGGCGCAGGAACUGGUUGAACUGUCUACCCACCCCUGGCUGGUAACUUAGCUCAUGCAGGAGCUUCAGUUGACCUUACUAUCUUUUCCUUACACUUAGCCGGAGUUUCAUCUAUUCUAGGGGCUAUUAAUUUUAUUACUACUAUUAUUAAUAUAAAACCCCCUGCUAUAUCUCAAUAUCAGACACCCCUAUUUGUAUGGUCCGUUCUCAUCACAGCUGUUCUUCUUCUCCUCUCUUUACCAGUUCUAGCUGCCGGCAUUACAAUACUUUUAACAGACCGAAACUUAAAUACAACUUUCUUCGACCCAGCAGGUGGUGGGGACCCUAUUCUCUACCAACACUUAUUUUGAUUCUUCGGUCAUCCUGAAGUGUAUAUUCUUAUCCUACCAGGAUUUGGGAUAAUUUCUCACAUUGUUACCUACUAUUCUGGGAAAAAAGAACCAUUUGGAUACAUAGGAAUAGUAUGGGCCAUAAUGUCAAUUGGCUUCCUUGGAUUUAUUGUUUGAGCCCAUCAUAUAUUCACAGUAGGAAUAGACGUAGACACACGAGCCUAUUUUACUUCAGCCACUAUAAUCAUUGCAAUUCCUACAGGGGUAAAAGUAUUUAGUUGACUAGCAACUCUUCACGGUGGUAAUAUUAAAUGAGCUCCAGCGAUACUUUGAGCCUUAGGAUUUAUUUUCCUAUUUACAGUAGGUGGUCUUACAGGAAUUGUGCUAGCUAAUUCUUCUUUAGACAUUGUCCUACAUGACACAUACUAUGUAGUAGCUCACUUCCACUACGUAUUAUCUAUAGGAGCUGUAUUCGCCAUCAUAGGGGGAUUUGCUCAUUGAUUCCCUUUAUUCUCAGGUUACACCCUAGACCAAACCUGAGCAAAAAUUCACUUCACCGUAAUAUUUGUAGGAGUUAACUUAACCUUCUUCCCUCAACAUUUCCUAGGACUUUCCGGCAUGCCCCGGCGGUACUCAGACUACCCAGACGCAUACACGAUGUGAAAUACCGUCUCAUCAAUAGGCUCCUUCAUCUCUCUAACCGCUGUAAUAGUAAUAAUCUUUAUAAUCUGAGAAGCCUUCGCCUCAAAACGAGAAGUAGAGACAGUUGAGCUUACUACUACUAACCUAGAGUGACUCCACGGAUGUCCACCCCCAUAUCAUACAUUCGAGGAACCUGCCUACGUAAAAGCCUAA